CCCUCCCAAAAAAUAAAUUAAAAAAAAGCAUUGACAUUGGAGGAAUUAGUACCCAGGAGGGUAAAAUAUAUAGCAACCUUGGCCCAUUCUAUUUUCAUAUGCUUCUGACAACUGGUGGUUUUGUAAUAGUAACAGUCCAUACUUGAUCUAGAAGACCCAGAAUUACUAGCUUCCUAUCCUCUGCCCAAAUAGAUGUCUACACUGCUAUAUAAAUACCUAGUGGAAGCCGUAGCUACCAUGUUUUCCACCACUAUAUUUACUGCUUUAUGGUGCCAAAUCAGGGUCAGUACACAACUUGCCAGAAAAUCAUUCAUGGCAGUGAAGGAAAGCAACACAAGCCAAAAUAUUCAGCAGCAGCAACAACAACAACAACAACAAGAAGCUUGUGAUCCUUGCAAGUCCUUUGGCCAAAAGUGCAGUCACAUUGUCAAGAAGCAGCGUGCAAAAUUCUACAUUCUUCGCCGUUGCAUCGCCAUGCUCUUGUGUUGGCAUGAGCGUGGUGACACAUAAUAAGGCCUGCCACAACAGUAUCAUCCUUUUCUCUGUCAUUGUAACAUAAAGAGGGUACUACUACUAUGUCACACUGCAAAAUUGUCACUUUUUCUCUAAUAGGAUUAUUGCAUUGUGUGUAAUCACGUGCAGCUACUAACAUGUGAAAGAGAUUAGAUCUGUUUCAACUUUCAGAACUAUUAUUAUUGAGUAGAUCUUCUUUUUCAUGUGUCAAGACCCUCCUCUCAAACUUGCAUAUAUGUUAUUAUAUUUGAGGUCUAGUUCAUUGGAGAGCUUAAUGAAACUUAUAUCAUCACCA